AUGGCGACGACUCCCACCCCCCGCCGCGGCAGCCUUGGCGGCGACGACGCUGGACUGCCUCGCAUCGCCGAGACACAGACGCCUGCAGACCUGCAGCGAGACGAUUCGACCCUGACGGCCGAGCUCCCUGAGCCCCUCCAAGGCAGCGACGACGACACAAGCGAGAAUGCGGGAUUUGCCCAGACCAGCCCCAUGGCUGUGAACAUGAACCAGAGCAUCUUUGGUUUGAUUGCCGCCGCAGGAUCCCGGGUCGACUUCAACACCCGCUUUGACGACGGCAGCAGCGAUGAGGACGACGGUGAAGACGACGGCGAAGAAGGAGGCCGUCUAAAACCACUGAGCUCGCGGCACCGCGACCUUUCACAGACAGCUAUAUUGGGGUCAUUCCCCGCCAAGGACAAGCGGAUCGGGCACAAGAAGAAGCUCUCCGGUCACCGGCUCUUGAAGUCAUUUGCCUCGUUGCCUAGAAGGAGGAGCGGCAGAAGCUCUGGCAAGAUGUGGGAGCCUACCGAGGAGGUGGACGAGCCCGAGUCGAGUGAAUCACCCUCUCCCAAAAAGCCUUCCGAACAGCUGGAGGAGGAGGAUCUCCGAGUAGCACCCGUCAUGAGCCGGAUGCUAGAGGCCCAGGCCGAAAUGGCCAGCCGGUCUAGCUUUGACAUUGAUAUUGAUCGAGACUCUUCCGGUCCCGAUCGAACGGACGAAGGAGAGGAAGAGCGAGAAGAGGAGGGAGAAGCAAACCAUGUCACAGCCUUGGCAAGGAAACUAAUGGAGAUUUUUGACUUUGAUGAGCCAGAGCGUGUUAUAGAAGAGUAUCCAUGUUGGUUGCUAAAGAGCGUAUUGCUACAAGGCUAUCUAUACAUUACUUCGAAGCACAUUUGCUUCUAUGCCUAUCUUCCCAAAAAGACACAAUCCGUAACCAAAUCUGGUUACCUAUCAAAAAGCGGAAAACGUAACCCAAAGUAUAGCCGUUACUGGUUUCGUCUCAAGGGCGACGUAUUGUCGUACUAUCAGGACUCCACCAACCUAUACUUUCCCCACGGCCACAUUGACCUCAGCUUCGGCAUCUCUGCUAGCAUCACAGACAGAGACAAGGAAGGCGUGCAUUUUUCGGUGGUGACAAGCCAUCGCACCUACAACUUCAGAGCCGAAAGUGCCCCAAGUGCCAAGGAGUGGGUGAAGAGCUUACAGAGGGUCAUUUUCCGAAGCCACAAUGACGGCGAUAGCGUCAAGAUAUCUAUUCCCAUCAACAACGUCAUUGACGUCGAAGAUUCGCAGAUGAUGGAGUUUUCAGACACCUGCAAGAUUCGUGUCAUGGAUAGUGACGAAACGUUUGCUAUCGACGAGUACUUUUUCUCCUUCUUCAAUUACGGAAAAGAGGCCAUAAACGUCAUCAAGGACUUGGUUGAAGACGCAUCUGCCGAGGGCCCGACGGCUGGUAAAGCGAUUGCCAAACAAGAAGAGUCCUCCAAUCCGUCAUCGCCUCGCGUUCCGGGAAGCGCAUUCCGGAAUCUAACUCGCGUGGACAGCGCACUCACCACGAAACUUGGUCCGGGACUAGUAGCUGAUCAUUCAACAUCGCGCAGUUCCACAAGUCCAAGCCCGUAUCCCAGUGGCGAUGAUGGUCUCCAUUCAAGCUUCGACGCAAUCGGAAGAGAGAGAGACAGCCACGAUGAGAGUUCUCGAGGAAGAUCCAGCGACAAUAAAAGAUCAGAAAGUAGCCCUCAGGGUGAAGAACGGAUAUCAUCACGGAUGCUUGAAUCGUCCGAAUCAAACCUGUAUUCGUCAAUGGAAGAACCGAGCUUUGCCAGUCUCAACGAAUCUGCUUUUGAAGAUCCUUCUGCAAGUCAAAUUCUCAGGGGCAGUGACGUCUUCCAAAACCCGACCAUGAGACAUUCACAAAGCUCCAUUCGUGACGACAAGGAGUCAGAUCUUCAGCCAGCUAACUAUACACCAAGCCACGCUGAAGGAUCGGGUUAUGCUGGGUCUGUUGAUCUCCCGCGAGUGUCAACGCCAACGUUACAGAGCAUUACGAGAAUGGGCGCGUAUCCCUUACAGCGAGCUGGCGCGUUUGCCGAUUAUCUGAACAAGACUGGCAAGCGAAUGAGCACCCUCCUCGCAACGGAAUCCAUGGGCUAUGUCGAGAAAGUUUCCGGUAUGUGGAAAGGUGAACGCAAGCAUUACGACGAACCUGCCGGUCUGCGACCCGACGAGGAUGACCUGGAAGAGGACGAUGACGGCCAGGUCAAGACAUCUAAUGAACGAUUUCGAGCACAUUUCGCACUCCCUGCCACAGAACGGCUACAGGCUACGUAUUUCGGAUAUAUAAUGCGUGUAUUGCCACUAUAUGGUAAAAUCUACCUCAGCGGCGGAUAUUUCUGCUUCCGAAGCUUGCUCCCCGGUACGCGGACGAAGUUGAUUCUUCCCUUGAAAGAUAUCGAGAAUGCGCAUAAAGAGAAGGGUUUUCGCUUUGGAUACUCUGGCCUGGUCGUCAUCAUUCGUGGGCAUGAAGAGCUGUUCUUCGAGUUCCGGCAAGCAGAGAUUCGUGACGACUGUGCAGUGACGCUGCUGCAAUGCCUAGAAAUCGAUCGCAGUCUCCAAGGAUCUGGACUCUUGUCACUAGCGUCCAAAGAGGAAGCAAACGCUGCGAUUGCAGAGCGGGAGGCUUUGAAACUAGCAGGACAAGAGACGUUUACAGACCGCGAACCUCAGCUACCGCAGUCAAACACUCAUCCCGCCAUAUUGGGAGACGACCUGGAAACAUCGGUGAUACAGUUCAAGGCACCGCAUUCAAUGAGAAUUACAUGCCUAACAAUCGGUUCCAGAGGCGAUGUUCAGCCUUACAUCGCUUUGUGCAAGGGUUUACUUAAGGACGGUCACAAGCCCAGGAUUGCCACUCACGCAGAAUUCCAAGGAUGGAUCGAAUCGCAUGGCAUUGAAUUUGCGUGUGUCGAAGGUGAUCCUGGAGAACUCAUGCGCCUCUGCAUUGAGAACGGAACAUUUACGCUGUCAUUUCUUCGGGAAGCUAAUGCGACUUUCCGAGGCUGGCUCGAUGAUCUUCUUGAUUCCGCUUACAAGGCCUGCGAAGGGUCUGAGCUUCUCAUCGAGUCGCCGUCAGCCAUGGCAGGAAUCCAUAUUGCAGAGAAACUUGGGAUCCCGUACUUCAGAGCUUUCACGAUGCCGUGGACGAGGACACGUGCGUACCCCCACGCCUUCAUCAUGCCGGAAAACAAGAUGGGCGGUGCCUACAACUACAUGACCUAUGUCAUGUUUGACAACAUCUUUUGGAAGGCUACCGCUCAUCAGGUCAACAGAUGGAGGAACAAAACGCUUGGACUGCCCAAUACCGGAUUGGAGAAGAUGCAGCCUAACAAGGUGCCUUUCUUGUACAAUUUCAGCCCGAGUGUCGUUGCGCCCCCUCUGGAUUUCUCAGAUUGGGUCAGAGUCACUGGCUAUUGGUUCUUGGACGAAGGCGGCGACUAUGAGCCUCCUCAGGAGCUGCGAGAUUUUAUCCAGAAAGCAAGGGCUGAUGGCAAAAAGAUUGUGUACGUUGGGUUUGGUUCGAUCAUCGUCAAUGACCCAGCCAAGAUGACCCAGGAGGUGAUUGACGCUAUCCUUAAGGCUGAUGUCCGAUGCAUUCUCUCCAAGGGGUGGUCUGAUCGCAUCACUGGAAGGGACGAGCCCGUUAGACCGCUCGCUGAGGAGCCGGUGAUGCCACCGGAGAUUCACGUCAUCAAAUCAGCUCCACACGACUGGCUGUUCCGACAGAUUGAUGCAGCAGCGCACCACGGCGGAUCAGGAACCACUGGCGCCAGCUUGAGAGCCGGUAUUCCAACCAUCAUCCGGCCUUUCUUUGGAGACCAGUUCUUCUUUGCCAGCCGUGUAGAAGAUUUGGGCGUUGGUGUUUGGGUCAAGAAAUGGGGAACGAAAUCGUUUGGCCGGGCUCUUUGGGAAGUCACGCGUAACGAGCGGAUGAUUGUCAAAGCCCGACAGCUGGGUGAACAAAUUCGAAGGGAGAGCGGUGUUGAAACUGCGAUUCAGUCUAUAUACCGAGACAUGGAAUAUGCAAAGAGUCUGAUUAAGCAUACAGAUGGCCAUUUAGAAACAGAAGAAGACGAAGAUACGGAAGAGAGCUGGACAUUUGUCCGCGGCGACGAACCGGAUCCAGACGUGAUUACGACAAAGUUGAGCGAAGGUUUGGACGGCGUAGCAUUGGGAAACAAUAGCAAGGCGUCAGGCAAGGCAUAG